CCCCGACGACCAAAAAGAGGGGAAGAAAAGAAAAAAAUCGCCGCGUUUUUUAUCCGAGACGAGACGAGACGACCGGAAGCCUAACUAAUCGGCCAAGACGAGGAGGAGGAGGAGGAGCGACCGGUGGAAGGGGAGGAGGCAGGCAGGCAGAGGGGGCGACCAGCGGCAGCGCGUGUUCCGCCCGCCGCCGGCAAGGAGUUUGAUUCUUCUGGGGAAUUAAAUCGUCAGGGGGAAACGAAUUUGGGAUGGGCGACCAUGUGGUGGUGAAUGUGGAAGGUUUGGGGAACGAUGGAGGGGCUGCGGAGAAGCCAUCCGAGGCUGUGAGCAGUUCUGCGGUGGCUGCCGCGUCAUUGCCUAUGGAUAUUGAUACAGUUGAGGAGGGCGGUGGGGAGGAGGAACCCCUUAUCCAGGGAGCGGAGUGCCGCAUAUGCCAGGAGGAGGAUAGUGUCAAGAACCUUGAGAAGCCAUGUGCUUGCAGUGGAAGCCUCAAGUAUGCUCACAGAGCUUGUGUGCAACGUUGGUGCAAUGAGAAAGGAGACAUUACAUGUGAAAUUUGCCAUGAGCAAUAUAAGCCUGGGUACACAGCUCCACCUCGUGUUGAACCAGAUGAUACCAUCAUAGAUAUUGGUGGUGAUUGGGCACGUGACCCAAGAAUUAUUGCUGUAGCGGCUGCACAGCGUCGUCUUCUUGAAACUGAGUACGAUGAAUAUGCUGGUACUGAUGCUAGUGGUGCUGCAUUCUGCCGUUCUGCUGCACUUAUAUUAAUGGCCCUGUUGCUAUUGAGGCAUGCAUUGUCUAUCUCAGACAAUGAUGGAGAUGAUGAUGCUUCUACCAUGUUCUCGCUCUUUCUACUUCGAGCUGCUGGAUUUCUGCUGCCAUGCUAUAUCAUGGCUUGGAUAUUCAGUAUUUUGCAUCGCCGGCGACAACGACAGGAAGCGGCUGCACUGGCUGCAGCGGAGGUGGCUUUCAUCCUGCAAUCAGCCCAGGGCCAUGCCCUUCAGUUCACCAUCGCCCCAGACUCCCCCGCGACUCCUCAGCAUGAGCCACAUCAGCAGCAGCAGCAGCAGCAGCAGCAAUAGCUAAAUUACUUUCAGUAGCGUCUCUCAACUACUGACGCACAUCCAGAAGAAGAGGAUACCUCAGCAAGGUACGGACGCCCGGCUGUUUCGUUGUUUCCUGUCCCUACUGGCCCUGGGACGCUAAGAACCUGGCCUCGCCUUGUGUGGCUAGGUAAAAAAAAACCUUGUAAAAUGCCGGAGAUUCAUUUGUUGCAAGCGACCGCAGCUUAAGCCCCGCUACCCUUCGAUUUGUCUAAGUGUAACUCAAGCGUUGAUUUAUUGUAAAUCUGUUGUCUGUUCGACUACAUCAUCUGCAGUUCCUUUGCAAACCAGGCCGGCCUAGUAUGAAACUAUUGUGUACAAUCCUAUGACAUCUAUUUCGAUGUUAAGCCCUU